AAAAAAAAAAAUCGAUAAUCCCUAAAACUUUGGCCAACAGAAGAAAAGGAGAUCCAUCAUUCUCGAAAGGUAUGUCGUGGGUGCCACCGGACCUGGCAACGCUCUGUCAGCCACAUUCCACCGUGUCGACCUGCCAACCACCGGCCUUCAUGUUCCUGGCACUGGUCGCGCAUCUGUUCGGCUACUCCCAGGACCCUUUCCAUCGUGAUCCAUCUCGUGAUUUCGAUUCGUUUCCGUGGAAAUUCGACGAGUGCGUAAUAUCCAACGCGAGACACUCGUCGCCGAUCAAGGACGCGGCAUACGGUCGCAAGAACGUGGAGGGCGAUGAAGGCUUAUCGAGAGAGGAGAACGAGAGCGAUGAAAGCGAGACGGUCAAAUUGCGACCGUCGAUCGUGAAUUUCGAAGAAAUUUGCAACUCUUAUCCUCGGCGGACCGAAAUCGUCAGUGGACCGUUGCCUAGAAUUUACGAUGCGCUUCGAAUCGAUCAAGAAAGAAUUUAUAUUCCAAGAAUAUUAAACGACGCAAUUGCAAACGCGCCUCCAAUGUAUCUAUUAACGAGCGAGUAUAAUCAAGACGAAAAUGUUCAAACGGUUUCUUCGCAAGAAACUUGGAGAGGUGCCAGCGAUUUUGACCAUUUUAUAUAUCCUAAGAAGAUCGUGGAUAGCCAGACCAGUGUGAAUGUCAAUUUUCAGAAAAUUUCCACGAAUUUUGCCAGAGAAGAGUACGAUUUUAUUAUCGUUGGAGCUGGAUCGGCUGGAUGCGUACUAGCGAAUAGACUGAGCGAAGUAAAACACUGGAAGAUAUUAUUAUUGGAGGCUGGCAUAGAAGAACCAUUGGUGGCCGAUGUUCCUGCCUUUGCCUCUAUGUUGCAAGCCAGCAAUAUCGAUUGGAUGUAUCGUACACAACCAGAGCGACACUCUUGUCGAUCAAGAAGGGACAGAAGCUGUGCAUGGGCAAGGGGUAAGGUAAUGGGUGGAUCCAGUACUAUCAACUAUAUGAUUUAUAUACGUGGUAAUCCAAAAGACUAUAACGAAUGGGCAGAGAAAGGGAAUUAUGGAUGGAGUUACGAAGAAGUUUUGCCAUAUUUUCUCAAGUCGGAGAACAAUAAGGAUUCAGAGAUCGUAAAAGAAAACCCAUAUUACCAUAACGAAGGCGGAUAUCAAUCGGUGGAACGAUUUCCAUACACUGACAUCAACGCGAGGAUCCUUUUGAACGCGUGGCGGGAACUCGGUCACGUGACCGUGGAUGCAAACGCGGGGACACAAUUGGGAGUAAUGGAGCUGCAAAUGACUUCCCUCCAUGGAAAACGCGAAAGCGUCAAUAGCGCGUACAUCAGACCUAUCAGGCGCAAACGAAAGAAUCUCACGAUCGAGACACAAGCUCACGUCACCAGAUUACUCAUAGAUCCAAUCACGAAACGCGUGACAGGUAUCGAUUACACGUGUACGUCGACAGGACUAAGUAAAUCUGUUCUGGCUAGGAAAGAGAUCGUCCUGUCAGCUGGCGCGAUCAACUCGCCCAAAAUUUUAAUGCUGUCCGGCAUAGGACCGGCCGAUGAAUAAAAACAUGGAAUUCCAGUAAUCAGUGACUUACCAGUUGGAAGAAAUCUUCAGGAUCACGUAACCAUGGACGGUUUGGUAAUUGCGUUGAACAAUACUUCGACGACGAAAGACAACCAUAUGAAGAAAAGUGACAUCUGCUAUUACGAGAAGACUCAGAUGGGGCCACUGUCUGCCACUGGAACACUCGUAUGCGGAGCGUUUCUGCAGACCGUGUUCGAACAUGAACAUGGCUUGCCCGAUAUUCAAUACGCCUUCGAUGCUAGCAAUCAGAUAGAUUUUUUGAACGAUCCAGCGGAGUUUGGAGAGACUAGGGUCGAGCCUUUGUCUUACUACGAUGCCAUCAAUAUUAGACCUAUUUUAUUGUCGCCUAGAAGCAGAGGGUUCUUAUUGUUGAACGAUACAGAUCCUCUGUGGGGACCGCCAUCUAUCUAUCCUGCAUACUUCACUGCCUAUCCCGAUGCAGACGUGAUGGUGGAGGGGAUAGAGACUGCUUUGAAGUUGUUUCAUACCACGUGGUUUCGGAAGUAUGGGUUUCGACUUAUCGACACGCCUCUGCCUUCUUGCAGACGUUUCAUUUUUGGCUCGAGGGAGUAUUGGAAGUGCGUGAUGAUGGAGUACACGGCGACGAUCUAUCAUCCUGUAGGCACGUGCAAAAUGGGUCCAGAUUGGGAUCCCGAAGCUGUGGUCGAUCCCGAGUUGAGGGUUUAUGGAGUGGCCGGUUUGAGGGUCGUGGACGCUUCUAUUAUGCCUAAAAUCGUUAGAGGGAACACGAAUGCGCCUACCAUCAUGAUCGCAGAGAAGGCUAGCGAUAUGAUCAAGAAUGAAUGGUUAUAUGGAUGGAAGUAAAAGUUUGCUUGCGAUUGUAUAUCGAAGACGAGAACUUUGGACAGUAACGAUAUAAUAAGUAAAAAGUUGAUAUCGAUCCAACUGAUUUUUAAUGUAUUUUCGAUAUGGAGGUAGGCCAAUGUAAUUCGUAGUUUUUAUACGUAUAAUAAUAGUUAUAGUGAAAGUUUGUAAUGUUAUUCCUCGAGAAUAUUGAUUUUAAUAUAUUAUAAAAUUUUUACGAUCUUACCAUAGGAUAGGAUAAAAGCGUUGAUUAAUUGAAUUGCCUUCAUUAAUAAUAUCAAAACGUCGAUUAAAAGAAUCUAUUUGGUAUAAUAAUCUUACCUGAAACAAAGGAAAAAAGAGGUUGUAUUAAUUUCUAUUCUUAAUUAUAUGAUGAAAUAUUGAA